UUAAUUUAAAUGGACUUUUUAUAAUAAGUUGAAAAAGUGAAAAUAUGCACUUAAAAAUCAAAUGAGGUGAAGUGUUUCGAAAUUAAUAAAAAUCUAUACACUAUGGCUUCAGCUUCCAGUACAAGUGCUCGGAGUUUAUUUGUGGAGUCAAAAAUGAGAUUAGCUGAUAGAGUACAAGUUAAUGUAAAUAAUAUUGCAUCUCUUGCGAGACAAAUACAAAGGGGCUCAAAAAGUAGUGAGAUAUUAAUGCAUGGUGCAAAAAAUUUUGCACAGCAG